AUGGGCGCAGCAACAUGCCGUCUGCUGGCCGAAAGAGGGGCCGGUGCGAUAUGUGUAGGUGAUGUGGUCUCGAAGGGAUUCGGAGCGCUUCAAGAGUCAAUCGCCGCCAUCAAUCCAUCUGUCAAGGUUCGUUGCAAGAUUCUGGACGUGGCGUCGUCAACUUCGGUAGAUGAGUGGAUCAACGAUAUCAUAAGUACAUUCGGGGAGCUUCACGGGGUUGCAAAUAUUGCCGGGCUGCCCCAAGCUAUUGGAGAAAGAGGGGUACCGGCGAUCCUCGAAGAAACUGAUGAGGAAUGGCGUCGGAUUCUAGGUGUCAAUUUGAAUGGCAUUUUUUACUGCACGAGAUCGGAAAUUAAGGCGAUGAAGAGCCUUCCCACUGCAAACAGAGCUAUUGUGAAUGUGUCGAGCAUGGCUUCAUUACAGCACAACCCAGAUGUCUAUGCGUAUCGCACCUCGAAGGCUGCAUGCUCUCAUUUCACUACAAGCGUGGCAAAGGAUACAACGAGUCUUGGUAUUCGGAUAAACUGCGUUUCACCUGGAGUAACUGAUACCCCUAUGUUGGGGAGCUUUAUUCGCAGCUCCGAUCAAGUUCGAGAAGGAUGGAUCAAGAAAGGUUGGAAUUUCAUGAGCGCUGAGGAUGUGGCGCGUGUUGUUGUUUGGCUCCUUGGUGACGAUUCCAUCCCGGUUUUUGGGUCGAACAUCAAUGUCGGAGCGGGUCUUCCGUAA